GAUCACAAUAAUCUCGAAUGUAAUAUCAAUGAUGAUGGUGAAAAAUCAGAUUGCAAGGAACUUAUGCCUUCAAACGUAAAUGAUAAUUGGAUAACAAGAAAAUUAAGAAGGAUUGAGAAAGGUAUUGCAAGAUACGGUAUAAUUUAUUUACCAGAAUGCAACAAAAAAAAUGAAUUGAAAUCCGCGUUUAGUAAUAAUGAGUGGUCAGUACUUGAGAAAUGUUUCUAUAAGAAAGAGAAAGAAAUCGCAAAAAAAGUCUUCCCGUUACUUAAUAAAGUAGAAACCAUUCUAGGUAGAUAUCAAGAAGGAAUAAAAAAUGCAGAAGAUAAUGGACAAAUAGAUUUGGACGCGAUUAAUGUUAUUUACGAUUAUCCAAAUGGAUAUAAAUUUAGGAAGAAUUGGCUUGAAAAAUGGGUAGAUAAUAUCUAUCAGAAAUUCUUGACAUGCUUUCAUCUACCUAGAAAUGUUCUUAAUGAUAGAUUUGCGAGUGAGUACCAGUAUAGAGAUUGGAUUGUAAACACUUUAUGCAAAGAUCUUUUUCUAGACUCAACAAUAAUAAGAAUGGCAAUUGGUGAAGUAGAAAACGAGCAUCAAAAAACCCAACUAGAUCUGUCAAAGAACCCUGAUGAACGCAAAUCAAGAGGUUGGUGCCAUGACGGGAUACUAAAUCUAGAUAUUAAUGGAGUAGAAACAUAUGUAGGAAUUUUAGAAGUUGUUGGAAAUGCUGUCGUUAAAGAUAAUCAUAAGCUUUUAGGAGAUCGGCAGAAGUUGUUAAAAGCAAUGCGUUUGGCCUUCCAUGAACUUCAUAAAGUCUUAUAUAAUGAUGGAGUCGUUGAUGAAAAUAUCUUUGAAAUUUUAGAGGUAUACGGAAUAUUGGUGCAUAACCGAUCAGCUCAAAGGAACAAAAGUUUUAGAGAAGAUAAUACAGAAGAUAACAUUACUGAUGAUGAGUCUAAUCUUUUGGAAGAACUUCAAAGAGCAAAAGACAUGCUGACAACAAGUGAAUUAGAAUGUCAAUAA